AUGCCGGGUUUCUCGCAGGCUACCGAUCUCCAGGCCUGGAAGGAGCUCCAGGACCACCACAAUGCCGUGGGUCGGAACAUCGUCCUGAAGGAGCAGUUCGAAAAGGACCCCCAGCGCUUCGACAAGUUCAGCCGCACGUUCUCCAACACGGUGGAUAACUCGGAUAUCCUCUUCGACUACUCCAAGAACUUCCUCACGGAGGACACCCUGGCCCUGCUGGUCAAAUUGGCCAAGGAAGCUCAGGUGGAGCAGCUCCGGGAUGCCAUGUUCAAGGGCGAGCACAUCAACUUCACUGAGGACCGUGCCGUCUACCAUGUCGCACUGCGCAACGUCAGCAACCAGCCCAUGCAUGUCAAUGGCAAGAGCGUUGUCGAGGACGUCAACUCCGUGCUCGAGCAUAUGAAGGAGUUCUCCGAGCAGGUCCGCAGCGGCGAGUGGAAGGGUUACAGUGGCAAGAAGAUCGACACCAUCAUCAACAUCGGCAUUGGUGGCUCCGAUCUGGGUCCCGUGAUGGUGACCGAGGCCCUGAAGCCGUAUGGCCAGGAGGGGAUGAAGCUGCACUUCGUGUCCAACAUUGACGGCACCCACAUCGCCGAAGCUCUCAAGCACUCCGACCCCGAGACGACCCUCUUCCUGAUCGCCUCCAAGACCUUUACCACUGCCGAAACCACCACCAACGCCAACAGCGCGAAGACGUGGUUCCUGGAGACGGCCAAGGAUGACUCUCAUAUCGCCAAGCACUUCGUGGCCCUGUCCACCAACGAGGAGGAGGUCACCAAGUUUGGUAUUGACAAGAAGAACAUGUUUGGCUUCGAGUCCUGGGUGGGUGGUCGCUACUCCGUGUGGAGCGCCAUCGGUCUGUCGGUCGCCCUCUACAUCGGCUUCGACAACUUCCACCAGUUCCUGGCCGGUGCCCACGCCAUGGACAAGCACUUCCAAGAGGCUCCCCUGGAGCAGAACAUCCCCAUCCUGGGUGGCCUGUUGAGCGUCUGGUACAGCGACUUCUUCGGCGCCCAGACGCACCUCGUGUCUCCGUUCGACCAGUACCUGCACCGGUUCCCCGCCUACCUGCAGCAGCUCUCCAUGGAGAGCAACGGCAAGGCCAUCACCCGCUCCGGCGAGUACGUCAAGUACACCACGGGCCCCAUCCUGUUCGGCGAGCCCGCCACCAACGCCCAGCACAGCUUCUUCCAGCUGCUGCACCAGGGCACCAAGCUCAUCCCGUCCGACUUCCUCAUGGCCGCCGAGUCGCACAACCCCGUCGAGGGCGGCAAGCACCAGCGCAUGCUGGCGUCCAACUUCCUGGCCCAGUCUGAGGCCCUGAUGGUCGGCAAGACGCCCGAGCAGGUCAAGACCGAGGGCGCGCCGGACAACCUGGUCCCGCACAAGACGUUCCUGGGUAACCGCCCCACCACCUCGAUCCUGGCCCAGAAGAUCACCCCGUCGACGCUGGGUGCCCUGAUCGCGUACUACGAGCACCUCACUUUCACCGAGGGCGCCAUCUGGAACAUCAACUCCUUCGACCAGUGGGGCGUGGAACUGGGCAAGGUGCUGGCCAAGAAGAUCCAGCAAGAGCUGGAGACGCCGGGGGCGGGCGAGGACCACGACGCCUCGACCCGGGGCCUGCUGUAUGCCUUCAAGAAGAGGUCCAACUUGUCAUAA